AUGGCAGUAACAAACUCCCUCUCUACGACAACCACAACACUCUCUCUACGCUCCACAUCCUCUUCCCCUGCAUCCUCUCCCAUCAAACACUUCCUCCUCUUCCCUCUCCGCCAACACCCGCUCUCUUUCCGCUCCUCCCACGUCCGUCCUAUUGCCGCCGUUGCUGCCCCUGAAAAAAUCGAGAAACUCGGUGCUGAAAUCUCCUCCUUGACCCUCGAAGAAGCCCGCACCCUGGUCGACUACCUUCAGGACAAACUGGGGGUUUCGGCUGCGGCAUUUGCCCCAGCAGCUGCAGUGGGUGUCGCGCCAGGGGCUGCAGCUGAUGCAGGAGCAGCAGUGGUAGAGGAGAAGACCGAGUUCGAUGUUGUUAUUGAGGAAGUGCCCAGUAAUGCUAGGAUUGCGGUGAUUAAGGCGGUUAGGGCUUUGACUAGCUUGGCAUUGAAGGAGGCUAAAGAUUUGAUUGAAGGAUUGCCUAAGAAGUUUAAAGAAGGGGUGUCUAAAGAUGAAGCUGAAGAUGCUAAAACGCAACUUGAAGCGGCCGGAGCUAAAUGUUCUGUUGUUUGA